UCACCUCUGAUAUCACCAUCUCCCCCAUGUGGUAUGCCGGGUGGGGGAACUUAACCUAACUUCGAAAUUAAAAAUGUUCAAAAGAAUUUUGCGACUUAUAAAACCACAAAUCAGACACAGUAGCACGAUUUUUGCGUUAUCCUCAGGUCAGGGUAAAUGUGGGGUGGCCGUGAUUAGAGUCUCGGGGGCGGCGACUAAAAACGCUUUAACAUGUCUCACAGGACUGUCUCAUCCACCUCAACCCCGAAUGGCGAUUUUACGGAGCGUCAAACACCCCCAAACCCUAGAAACCUUAGAUAAAGGCCUCAUUUUAUGGUUCCCAGGCCCUCACAGCUUCACUGGAGAGGACAGUUGCGAGUUUCAUGUUCACGGAGGACUGGCUGUCGUUAAUUCAGUACUGGAGGCGCUGUCCACUGUUUCAGAGUGUAGCUUAGCUGAGCCUGGGGAAUUUACCAAAAGAGCCUUUUUCAAUGGGAAACUAGAUCUGACUGAAGUUGAAGGUCUAGCGGAUUUAUUGGCGGCAGAAACUGAACUCCAGCGAAAACAGGCGUUUUUGCAAACACAAGGUGCUUUGAGCAAGUUAUACAAUAAAUGGAGAGGGGUUUUGGUGAAAUCAGUGGCUCAUGUAGAGGCUCAUAUUGAUUUUGAAGAAACAGAAACAAUAGAUGAAGGGGUGUUAGAAAAAGUUGUGUCUGACGUAACGCAGUUAAAGGACGAAAUUGAGAGUCAUUUAGCGGACGGGAGGAAAGGAGAAUUGUUGCGGACUGGGGUGAAGACGGUAAUUUUGGGUGAACCAAACGUCGGGAAAAGCAGUUUGUUGAAUUUGUUGUGUAAGCGACCGGCUGCGAUUGUCACCCCUAUUGAAGGCACCACAAGGGAUAUUUUAGAAGUCACGUUAAAUAUAGGUGGUUAUCCACUAGUUCUUGCUGAUACAGCUGGCUUAAGAGAGGAAACUCACGAUGUUAUUGAAAAAGAAGGCAUCAAUAGGGCUUUACAAAAUUACAAAAAUUCUGAUCUGGUUAUACUUGUUGUAGAUAGUCAAAAGUAUCUACAAUGGGUACAAUGUAACACUUCAUGUACAGUUAUAGAUUUUCUUAAAUUAUAUGUAAACAAACUUGGUUUAAGUGAUUUGGUUUCUAACGAAAAGUACGAAUUUGAGGGAUUAUUCACCAAACAUUGUCUUAUAGUAUUCAAUAAACUGGAUCUAGUCCAAACUGAAGUCACUUUUGACAACAAAAAUAUCAACUUUUUGUCAUGUAAAAACGAAGAAGGGGUUCCAAAUCUCGUUGAUAGUAUGACACAAAAACUGAAAAUUUUGUGUGGAGAACCUUCAGAAGACCAUCCUAGCAUGAAUCAGAUGAGGCACAGACAACACUUAAGUCAGUGUCUUAGCUGUUUGUCUACCUUUCUCACAACUUCCAGUGACACCGUCUUAAUGGCAGAGCAUUUGAGAAAAGCCUUAAGGCACCUAGGCCACUUGGUGGGGGUGACAACCACAGAGCAACUACUAGAUGUGAUUUUUAAAGACUUUUGCAUAGGAAAAUAGACGUGUCUUAGAAAUAGUUUAUUGAAGUUAUUUUUUACAAAAGUAUUAAAUGUAUAUCAAAAUA